AAGGACCAGUUCAAGUAAAUUGUGGAAACAGUGCUAACGAAGAAACUAAAGAAUGUUUUUCUGUGCCCUGCUGGUGAUAUUCUGCUGUGUUUCUGUGAUUAAGUCCGAGACAUGUUAUGGAAAACACGAGAAGUCAAUCAUAUCUGGCAUACGAUCAUCACUGAAGACAUUGGAAAACAGACUUAAUGAAAAAUCUCCCAGAUGUCGAGCAGGUUGGAAGGAAUACAAGAAUCACUGCUAUUACUUCUCAUCAGACAAAAUGACGUGGUUUGAGGCUGAAAGAAAAUGUAGAAAUAUAGGAGCAUAUCUUGUUAAGAUCACAGAUUCAAGUGAAAAUUCAUGGAUUAAGAAUAUGAUCACUAGUAAAAAAGUUGUUGAACAAAGUUACUGGAUGGGAGCAGCAGAUUAUUUGAAAGAAGGAGACUGGAGAUGGGUCAGUGAUCUGUCUAAAGUACAAUACUCUGGGUGGAAAUCCGGCGAACCCAACAAUUCAGGCAGUAAUGAAGAUUGCGCGCACUUUUAUCAGCCACAUGGCUUUAACUGGAAUGAUGCAGGUUGUAGUGGAACGAAUGGGUAUAUCUGCGAGAAUCAACAUGGAUCUAAGUGCCUCCCUUAUGCCAAAGUGUAAAGUGAACACUCGAUAGAAAAUAUAAAAUGUUUCCUGAUGUCCGCAAGAUGAUUAUCUAAAUAAAGAUAUUCUUUCAAAAUA